UCUGGUAAUAGUCGUUUGAGACCGUGGUAGAUCAUGGAGAUGUCAGAGGAUAAGAAUGCCAAUAUGGACCAGUUAUGUAACAAAGGGGUGAGCAAAAAUGAGAAUGAAGAUGCCAUCGCCUCUCAGGACUCAAGAGAAGAGACCAAGAAGGAUGCCACCUCUAAGGACAGACCAGUUGCUAACCCCUCAAGUUAUGAUAACUCAGGUAGGAGACCCUCCAGAGCUGCUGCAGUUUGUCUGGGGAUGCUGUGUGUUCUCCUACUGGCUGGGAUUGUAGGUCUGGGUUUCUACCACAAGAAUAUCAUCAGUGGGUUUGAGGAUUGUAAAGUCAGCAACAUCAACCUGUCUAAGAAUAAAGACCAGUUAGAGAUCAGCUUCAAUACCAUAACCAAUGAGAGAGACCAGCUACAGACCAGCUACAACACCAUGAAAAAGGAGAACGACCAGCUAGAGACCAGCUACAACACCAUGAAAAAGGAGAUAGACCAGCUACAGACCAGCUACAACACCAUGAAAAAGGAGAUAGACCAGCUACAGACCAGCUACAACACCAUGAAAAAGGAGAGGGAACAGCUACAGACCACCUUCAACACCAUGACCAAGGAGAUAGACCAGCUACAGACCAGCUUCAAUAACCUGGCUAAGGAAAGUGACCAUUUGAAGUCGGAGAGAGACAGGCUUCAGGAGCGCUUUUCUGACCUAAAACAAGCUGGGCCUAAAGGCUGGACGCUGUUUCAGUCCACUUGGUAUUACAUCUCCUCUGAGGUAAAACCCUGGGAUGAGAGCAGACAGGACUGCAUUGAGAGAGGAGCAGACCUGGUGAUCAUAAACAGCAAAGACGAGCAGACAUUUCUCACUAAUCUGAACAAGAGGAUCUGGAUUGGCCUGACUGACAAAGACAUAGAGGGCACCUGGAAAUGGGUGGACGGUACCAAACUGAUCACAUCCUAUUGGACGGGAAAGCAACCUGAUAAUGGUGGUGGGGAUCCAAUAUAUGGGGAGGAGGAUUGUGCUGAGAUUGUUAUGGGGUGGAUAUGGAAUGAUAUUUCAUGUGCAAAUCAUUCCAAUUGGGUCUGUGAGAAGGUUGUUUAACAGUGUUAUAAUUUAUUGCAUGUGUUUGUACCAGAUGUGCUCCCUGAUUUUGUAUCAUGAAGUUUUGAUAUGAGCAAGGAAAUGUUUUAGAAAUUUGAUAAGAAGCUUCAAAGAAAUGACUCUGAAAUGUAAAUACUGUUCUUUCCUAUUUGUGUUCACAAACUGGUGGUUAAGGCAGACAUGUCGGCACUUAACUCAACUGACUCCCUGAACAGACAGUUCCCUGUCUACCAGUGGUUGUGUUCAGUGGUGCAAAGUACUUAAAAAUACUUGAAAGUAUCUACUAGUUUUUUGAGGUAUCUGUACUUUACUUUACUAUUGAUAUUUUUUUACUAUUGAUACUCCACUCCAUUCCUAAACAACAUAAUGUACUUUUUACUUUUUUCCCUGACACCCAAAAGUACUCGUUACAUAUUGAAUGCUUUAGCAGGACAGAAAAAUGGUCUAAUUCACGCACUUAAAGAGAAACUCCCUGGUCAUCGCUAUUGCAUCUGAUCUGACGGACUCAGUAAACACAAAUGCUUUGUUUGUAAAUGAUGUCUGAGUUUUGGAGUGUUCCCCUGGCUAUAAGUACAUUUAAAAAACAAGAAAAUCAUGCAGGUCUGGUUUGCUUAAUAUAAGGAAUUUGAAAUGAUUUAUACUUUUACUUCUACUUUUUUGUGUAUUACUAUCGUGAUGCAUGUAAUGGAUCUUACUCUGCCUGCCAGUGUGAUGUGAUCUACUUUGGUUUGGUAUUUCUAGGUCGCUUGCUUGUAUUGUUCAUUUGUUGUUAUCUGGCGGAUUUUGUCUUGAUUAUUGAAUGACGUGUCUCUCUUCAAUUGCUUUGUUGCGAAGUAAAGUGUCAAUAAAGA